AUGAAAAAAGUCUUUACUUUUUCUCGCUGGUUUCUUCCAAGCCAGGAAGGGAUCUUGGUGAAUCCAGGCCAGCGCGACUACAAGCUUAAGAACGUCCCCUCCGUGCUCGAUGGCGGCAAAUACAGCGGUACCAAGACUUGGCCGUCUGCAGGGACAUGGACAAUCUCCUAUGAAGCACCAGUAACUCUCUACGUGUGGGUCAUGAAGCAUCACUACAACGCCGGUGUGGAUGCUGCACUCAGUGGCGAUGGCUGGGAGCAAGUGGAUGCUGGUGACUUCAAGAGAAGCGACAACCAUGUGCUCAAUGUUUGGAAACGUUCGUUUUCCUCUGGUAGUCAGUACCAGAUCAAGACCACUGGGCUCAUGGUCGGAGGUGUUGUGUCCAACGGCUGCCAGGCAGACGUCGUGAAGGAUGGGUUGAAAUGCGGAUACUUCUACGACAAGUCUCAGUGCCGAGUUCCUGACCUGUCUGAUUGGACACCGGCCCACGAAGUGGUCGUCCCCAAGAUCUACAUGGAGCAUGGCAAGUUCCCCGAAGUCCGGCAAGGUGAUCAAUUCUGCAUCAGGUGCACAGGUCAGCUGGUCACGAAAAAGGAGGGCAACUACAAGUUCUACCUCAGUUCAGACGAUGGCUCUUUCAUGUGGCUGAACGGGGAGAAGGUCGUCGACAACAAUGACUGCCAUGGAGAAAGGGAGCGGGGCAGCAGCGACAAGUUCCUGUUGCCCGGCGCCCACGACUUGGCCGUGGACAUGUGCGAGAUGUACGGCGGCGAAAACUUGAAGAUGCGUUACAAGGGACCGGACACUGGCAACUCCAAGAUCACAAUCCCCGAACAAGCUCUCCAACACGUAGUUGCUCCCGCGGACAAGGCUGUUCUCGAGGACGGCUUAGAGUGCGACUACUACUACGAUCAGUCGCAGUGCCGCGUGCCGAAUCUGGGUGCCCUGACACUCGGCUCGUUUGGCUGUGUCGGGUUGUUCAGCUCUGUUUAG